CCGGAAACAGUACCGAUUUUCUCAUUUUUCUACUACUUUCGGAUAGGAAUUUUAUUUCUUUCGACUUUCCCCUUUCUCUGGAAUGUUUCUCCCAGAGAGGGAACUCUCUGUAUUUUCCUCCAAAACCCUAAAAUCUCCAAUUGCAACCAAUUUUAAUCUGCACUUCAAACUCUAAUCUCUCGAAUUCCCCGAUUCAUUUCAAAUAGUUUUCAAAAUCUAGGGUUCUUCAUCAAUUACAAAAAAAAGAUUUGCUGUAAUGGCGAUCAAAGGCACCAUAAGUUAUUCACGCUACUACUUUACUCAAAGAGCUGGCGUCGUUCGUUCUAUUCAAGAUUAUCGUGAACAAUCUAAGGCUCCUCUCGUUCAAUCUCCAAUUCCAGAAACAUCAGUUGAAAAAUUCCAUAAUGAUAUAUCGAAAUUCGGAUCAAGAAAUUGGUCUAGGGCAUCAACAUCGAGUUACAGUACAGCUGCAACGAACGUUUUCGGGGGGAAUUCUAAUUCUUGUAUUCUUUCUAGUUUGUUUACAAUUAUGAAAUUAUCUAGUUCUGGUGGUUCUAUCGGUUUGAAGGAUUUGGGGGUUUCAACAUCUGGAGUAGUUCUAGGGUUGAAAGCGACGUCAUUUCUUCCCUUCUUCCAGGUGACUAGGUGGCUUCCUUGUAAUGAGUUUCUUCCUGGUUCUGUUAGUAAUGUUGUAGACAAAAGGGUUAAUGUUUCUCGUGGUGGUGAUACUGAAAGUUCUGUGGAAAUUUCUAAAGUUAAUUAUAGAAAUGAUGUUGCACAAAAUAAUUGGUGUUCGAAAUUGGGGAAGUUUUGGGCUAAUGAUGCAAAGGCUGUCGCCACAGCAUUGACAGUUUCUUUCUUGUUUAAAUCGUCUUUGGCUGAACCCAGAUCGAUUCCUUCACGUUCUAUGUAUCCAACUCUGGCCGUUGGUGAUCGGAUUUUAGCGGAAAAGGUUUCAUACAUAUUCAGAAAGCCCAACAUCGCGGAUAUAGUGAUUAUUUUACUCAGAUACCUUGUGCAGGAGAUUGGUUAUAGUUCAGCUGAUAUGUUUAUCAAAAGAAUAGUAGCCACGGCUGGGGACUAUGUUGAGGUUCAUAAUGGGAAAUUGUUGGUGAAUGGGGUUGUUCAGCGUGAAGAUUUUGUUCUAGAGCCACUUGAAUAUGAAAUGGCUCCAGUGCUUGUCCCUGAAGGCUAUGUGUUUGUGAUGGGUGACAAUCGCAACAACAGUUUUGACUCACAUAAUUGGGGUCCUCUUCCUAUCAAAGACAUUGUUGGAAGAUCAGCAAUUCGGUAUUGGUCUCCUCCAAAUAUGUCAAACAAUAUUUGUGAACCGCUCCAAGAUCAGACUGCUGUUUGUCUCUCUUGACCUGCCUUUCGAGACUCCAACGUUCCGACCCUGGGGAAUGCAGGCUUGGCCUUCUGAUUCAGGAUUUUUGAAAUCCUAGCAUCCAGAAGAUGAUGUGUAGUAUAUUCUUCAAAUCUCAUUUUGCCCCUUGAACACAGAAGCUGUAAAAAAAAAAAAAAAAGAGUAAAACCUCGCCAUAGCUUACCAGUAUGAUUUUAUUUGUUUUUGUUCUUUUUUUUUUCUUUUUUAUUUUGUGGUGUUUUAAGAAUGAAAAUAUAGAAAAUGGAUGCCUCUUCUUCAAGCAAUAAAAUGUUUUUCCUUUCUGUUUCGACUGC